AUGGAUACGACCUCUCAUUCAAAUCUCGAGCCAGCCUGUUUGCAUGUUAAGCGCGCGACCUCUGGAACGUCCAUUUCAAUCGCAGAACUUUUCGCGCAAACUUAUAAGCCGCCUCGUGAAAUCAAUGUUCGUGCUGCAGUGGAUGAUCUGAAGGGAUUGCAACUAUUAGAUGAACAGGAAGAACUCACCACCCUUGGCCACGCUCUCGUCGAUUUGAUUAUGGAUCCAUGUUUUGGCAAGAUGGUUGCUCUGGGAAUUAUUUUCCAAUGUCUGGACCCAAUGCUGAUCCUUGCGAGCCUUGGCUGGAACGCCAACCUUUUUUCAAACAUGCUUUCUUCGCCAGAUCCAGAUCCAGCCUGGGUGAAUCAUUCAUUCGUUCUGUCAACGAGUCGGGCUACCAUGUAG